AUGGCUAUGCGAAUCGUCCCCGCUGCGAACCAGCCCACAACCUUCGCCGCUGGCGCCGCCGCCCCGUCGGCCCCGGGUGUCCACGACACCCUCCGUGCCGGCGUCGGUCUGUCGGCCUUCGACGCAAAGUCCAACGUCCCCACGAGCGCUCACCCGCUCGAGUCCCGCCUCAAGAACUGGGAGGCCACGCAGGAGAACAUGCGCAUGGAGACGCUGCGCCGCACAUUUGGCCUCGCGGAGCCCAUCCGCCGCCAGAUGGAGCUCAAAAUCACCCAGAACGGUGAAUGGCGGCCUCUCGCCCUCGGCGGCCAGAAGCCCAGCCUCCACGAGGAGAUCCUCCGCGGCAAGGACACCAGCGUCACGUGGGAGGAUGUUUACUCGGGCGAGGAGAGCGUGGGCAUCGUCGGCAUGCACGACGAGAUGGAGAGGAAGCUGAAGAUCUGA